AAACUCUUUCAUCCGAGGACUUUGCUCAGUCGUCCGAAAAACGCCAGCAUGGGACGAAUAUUUCCGGUUGUGUUGCUUUCUCUAACUUUAAGUCUGGCACAAUUGUCCACUGGCCAGGACAGUACCUGUACCAGUUUGCCUCAGUACAACGACGAGACCACGAAAUCCUUCAUAAAUGACCAAAUUCCAAUCGCCGAUGAAGAGUUCGAUUUCAUUAUUGUUGGAACGAGUGCUCCAGGAUGUGUGCUUGCCAACCGUUUGUCGGCGAAUGAAAACUGGAGGGUUCUAGUGCUGGAACCGGGAUCGCCACCGUCUUCCUUUUUCGAUAUCCCGAAUGUGGCCCAUUUGGUCAGCGAAAGUUCCUUUGUCCGUUCGCUCUAUACGCCUCCGAAUGAUUAUUCAUGCCAGGGUUUCAUCAACAAGCAGUGCCGUAUUAUUGUCGCCAAAGGUAUCGGUGGGGGUACCAACACUAACUACCAAUUCUACAACAGAGGAAAUCGUUACGAUUACGACCGUUGGGUGGCAUACUCGGAGAGUGACGAAUGGGACCUGGAUGCAUUGCUUCCGUUUUUCACGGUUUCUGAGAACGCCAGUCUUACCGAAUUCGAAGAUCCGUUCUUCCACGGACGUGAAGGACCUUUGAGAGUGCAAAACCUUCCAUACAAAUCGCCGGUUUAUGACAUAAUGAUGCAAAGUGCAGCCCAAGCAAAAAUCGCUAGUGUCGAUUACAACGGCCAUAAUCAGUUCGGAUUCUCACCGGCCCAGGUCAUGUCGGUCGGUGGCCUACGAUCCUCGGCAUAUCACGCGUUCCUAGAACCAGUUCUCCAAAGCCGACCCAACCUUAAACUUAUCUCGAAUGCUUCUGUUCGUAGGGUACUUUUUCAACCAGAAAGCAACAUUGUUUCCGGAGUGGAGUUUUCAUUCGGGGAUCAAAUAUUUAAUGCCUAUGCUCAAAAAGAAGUUAUCCUCUCGGCUGGCGCAAACAGUUCUCCUAAAAUUCUUCUUUUAUCGGGAAUCGGACCUCAAGAUGAUUUGAGCGAAGUGGGUAUACCUGUACUCAAGGAUCUUCCAGUUGGAAAGUCGUUGAUGGAUAAGGUAGCGUUCAAUGCUCUAUCGGUGCGAUUGGACAAGUCUUCGUUUCCUGCUGAAUAUGUCAAUGGUCUGACCGCAGAUGAUGUCAAUCAACUCGGCGAAGGUGGCGGACGACUUACCCUGCCUAACAAUAUGGAAUCAAUUUGGUACCUCAGUACUAGAACCGAUCGUCAACCAGAUUAUCCUAACAUAGCAAUAUUGCCUGACGCUGGAUCUUCAACGCAAUAUUUCUUAGAUUCAGAUAUGCAGAAAAUGGCAAGUAUUGAACCAGGUUCGGUUUCAAUUCCUCCAGAUGAUAACGCUUUUUAUGUAAAUUUGUUUACCACGUUAUUGCAUCCCAAAUCAAGGGGUUACAUGAAGCUGCUAUCAUCAGAUCCAGAUGCUGAUAUUCUGCUGGAUCCAAAAUAUUUAUCCGAUGAAGAAGACGUCGAAAACUUGCUGAAAGGAAUCCGGAUUGCAUCCAAGCUUUUGAAUAUGCCUGCCCUGCAAGAACGCGGAGCUGCACUGGUACAGAUCUAUCCAGCGAAUUGUCCUCAAUCCUUGGAAUUCGAUAGCGAUGACUAUUGGCGAUGCGUGAUUCGCUCGUUGGCAAUGUCUGCACGAUCAUUUAGUACAACCUGCCCAAUGGGGCAGAGCUCCAAUCCCGAGGCGGUUGUCGACAACUCGUUCCAAGUGCAUGGCAUUGACAAGCUACGGGUUGUAGAUUCCAGCGUCAUUCCUGUUUCGAUAUCUGCAACAACCGACGACGUCCUCAUGUACAUGUUGGGCGAGAAGGCAUCCGCAGCUGUGGUGACUAAACAUCUUCCUGUUAUAAAAAAGAAAGUAUCUCAGAAAAAACCCAAAAAUUGAUAAAGUGAAAUUACUUAAGCGGUUAAAAUGUCGGUUCUAAACAAAUACAUUUGGUACUCUUGA